GUUUCUCAAGCUUAAUCUUACAUCAUUCCAUCUAUAUCUAUUCGCAAAGUCAUAUUUCUAACAUCGACUUUCAAUUCCACCACGUAGCACUCCUCACUUAUCAAGAAACCACCUCAACACCCACCACAAUCAGAAUGGUUUUCAUCCCUGGCGAUAACAAAGUCCAAAUCCCUGAAUUAGCCGAUACAGAGGGCCCGCCCGCCUACACCCCCUUCGAUACCCCCCACGAUACCCCCGCCCCAUCCACAAUUUCAGGCUCCAGCUACCCAUCAGAUUUCUCCUCCCUCCCUCCCACUCCCUCCUCCUCUACUCCCUCAGUAUCUACACCUAGCAUCCCCGUUUCCAACGCCGUAUCCUCAUCCCGCUCCGUAUCCUUAUCUGGCCCCCUUAAAAUCCUCGAGUCAGUAUCUGGUUCCUCAUCCGUCACAUUAUAUCACCACGUGACGGUUUGCGGCCCCGUAAAAGCGAGCGCCAAGAUUGUUCUCUACGAUCAUGUCACUGUAUCUGACGAUGUGAGAUCGAGCUCGUCUAUCUCGUUAGAUGGAGGAGAAGGAAAAGGGGGAGUUGUGAUCAUGGGGAUGGUGAAGAGUAGUUCAAGUAUAGAGAUGAGAGGAAAUGUAUAUGUGCAGGGAGAUGUGAAAAGUAGCGCCAAGGUGUUAUUAGAGGGAAGAGGAGGAUUGGUGAGGAUUGGAGGAAAGGUGGAUGCGAGUGGACAGGUCACUAUCAGGGGAGCAGUAGAGGUGGGAAAUGUGGAGAGUAGUGGCAAGAUUAUUGUUGAGUCGUUAGAGAAGCAGAGGAUUGUGUUGGGAGAUUUACAAUCGAGAGGUGGGAUGGAGAUUGAGGGGGAUGUGGAAAUUCGCAACGAGCUGAAGGCUAGCGGUAAUGUGAAGAUCAACGGAAAGCUGCAUGUUCAUGGAAAUUUUACGGUCCAUGGUAAUGUCAAAAUUCAGGCUGGUUCGGAACUCAUCGUAAAUGGAAGGAGAACUAUACAUGGGAGAAUGGAAAAUGCUUAGAGUCCGAGUACUUUUUCUCUGACCUAAUGCCACGCUUUUGUCAGCACGUCUUUUGACUGCAAAGAAAUGCACCUCCUAAGUUUAGCUUCCAGUAAUAGAAAUGUAUCCCUCUAGCUAUUAGGACUAAAAAGAAACCUAAAUCAUUAAUCAAUCACUUUGCUAGUCUAGAAAUCAAACCA